GACAGCUAUGAAUUCUCCAACGCAUGUGCCUAGGCCCAAUUUAAAAGUGUAUAAUGUUGGCUUGGCGCGCAAAUCUGCGCUGCUAAAAAUAUUGCGCAGGCUCUCAAAGCGCCAACGUCUUAGACUUGCAGCCAUCAGCAGCAAAGCAGCUGCUGCCAAAACUGCUGAGCAUAUAGCCGAGCUCAAGGCUCAUGUGCACAAGCUGGCUAAAGAACGCAUUGAAGCGCUGAAAAUUGAAGCUAAGCAAGUUACAAAACGCAGCGCAACUAAAACUAUUAUAAGCUUAGCUUCAACGCAAGCUGCAACGCUGCCAAAAGUGCAUGAACCGCAAUUCGAUUGGCGCAUUGAAAAUAAUUUGAGCACUGGUCCCAGCAUAAUGAGCAUUAUACAAUAUAUUUUUUAUCGCUUAUGGCGCAGCAGCAGUGAGGCAAACAACAAAUGCAAACUGGCAGCGCCGCUGCAACUGCAGCAGUUUAUAAUGUUGCCAGAUCAGCAGCAGCAGCAAUUGUUGCCAUGGCUGCCAGCUGCCACAAAUGAAUGCCACAAACAACCUUUUCGCAGGCUUCAAAACAUUUUAAUGCUUUUGUUAAUUGUUUGUGCGCUUUGCUUAGGCUACACUACACAUCGAUAUGGACUUGAGCCGACUAGAAUUUCAUUUGGGCGCUGGCUGCAGCAAGUUGUUAAAAUGAGCGCGCAGCGCGCUUGGUCUACGUUAUAUCAGUAUUAUAUAUAUUUUAAAUAAUUUGAGCAUUAACUUAA